CCUUCACUAACGGGACUACUAGUAAGACUUAGACAUCUGGAUACUACGUUCUACCAUCCCGCUCAUCUGCCAGGUCCCAGUAAAUCACUGAACAGGAUUCCAACAGAUAAUGCCUCCGAAAGGUUUCGCCAAACGGAAACCGUUGACUGUGAACAGCGAUGGUUCCCCAACGCCACCGGUUGUCUCUCUUGCAGAGCAGUUUUCCUACAACCACUACCCUCGCCCCUUCAAGAACCCAGAAUACACGAAGAACACGAACAGGAGAACAAAGAACUUGAAGGCUGUCCUCGCGCAGGAACGGGAACGAGAACGGAUAGAGCGGGAACAAAGGAGGCAGCAGCGAGAGGAGCAGAUGGACGUCGAUGGCGCGGAGAAGGAGUUCAUCAUGGAGGAAGACAUGCCAACUUACUCGUCUAUUGAAGCACCUCCCUCUGUGCUCCCGCAGCGGAGAUGCUGCGACAUUACUGGGCUCGAAGGACCAUACACUGAUCCAGCCACCGGUCUACGCUACCACGACAAGAGCGUCUACGACAUGAUACGGGGCUUAAGUGCUACGGCUGCCAAGGACUAUCUCGCAGCGAGAGGUGUCAAUCCUAUCGUGAAAUGACCCGUCGGCUAUCUUCGGUUGUGCAGUGAAGUUUUUGCUCUUUGAUACGACAAGUAGCCUGGUCACAUACCAUCAAGGCCAAUUCCUAGCAUGAGGGGGGGCUGCAGUGUGUAUCUUGUCUAUUACACCAUAGACGUAGUCCGCGGCGCAUAAGGUGGCGAUUGCUAACGGCAAAGUACUACUAUGCGAACAUA